AUGGCACUCGCUCAUUUGCCCAACGAGAUUUUCGACGACAUCAUCGGACUUGUCUUGCCAGAGGGUUUCGAGGCCCUGGCCUUGAGCUGCAAGUCGAUCUACAAGCUAAGCACACCAUUCAUCGAGCGCCAUCACAAAUUCCGUUUGCGGUUCCAAAAGUUUCGUUACAUGGAAAUACCUCGUGAUUCUUUUGACAUCAGAACAGCGUUAGAUCUCAUCACUUGCAUCGCGUUUGAGCCUAUGGCAGCGCGUUACAUCAGAACGGCAGAGCUCAAGCAUGACAGCUUCCCCCAUCGUGCUAGAUUCGCCCCUCAGCAUCUGCCAGAUAUCCAUGGUGGCGGGCCUGUAGUCAACCUGUUUGCCAGUUCUCCAUAUCUGAAACAAGCAGGUCUAGACUGGAAGGACAUGCUGCUGCCUAAUGCCAAGACUCUGUCGCUUCCAAGAUUGUGGAGGCCGGUAGAUACAACCAACAAACUGAUCGAUGCUGUUGUUCAAGAGACCAAGCAAUUGCAUGUCUCUUUCAACAGACCUAACCUUGCCCAGGUUACCAGAUUUGAGUCACUUUUCAAAUUUGGACUCCGGGGAGCAGGUUGGCGCGGGUCGAAUCCUUUCCUGGCUCUGCCUUCCAUGCGGUCCUUCCGCGGCCGCAGCUGCGAAGUCCUAGGUCAGGGUCACAUGGGCACAACAUCGACAAUUCCAUAUCGUUUCUUGGGUGAGACCCUUGAAACUGCUCAUCUCUUACAGUGCUGCAUCGACGACUUAGCUAUUGCAGACUUCCUCAAACACACUCCGCGUCUCAAAACACUCAAAUAUUCGCAUUUCAAAGCCGACUCCCGGGACUGGAAUAUCUGCAAAUUUGUUACCGCGAUUGGCCGUGAGGCCGGGGAUCACCUCAUUGAGCUUUCUGUGUCUAUUUGGGAAGUACGCGGCAAAAUCAUCCCUGGUAAAGCAUCAAUGCACGACUUUCGGUGUUUGCAGAGGCUCCAAUUGCCUUUCGAGCUUGUCAUGUGUAACGUUUAUGCCGCUGCAUGUGAAGCUCGGGUUGGGUAUAUAGCAGAUCGCCAACUGGACUAUUUUGGCUCUUUCGUUAGCGACCUGAUACCUAUUUCAGUCUCUCACCUAUCGUUAUUGGCUGGCAAAACCGAAGAACAUGAGAACGCUCUCGAACGUAUGUUUCGUCACUUUCAAGCCAAGAAGGAUACUCAAUUUCCUGCCCUUAAAGAACUUCAUCUCUCCUAUUCUUCCCCAGCGGACAAGGACGAGCGCGCAAGACUGCUCAAAGGGAUCAAGAAGGUGGGCGUGUCUUUGCAUUUGGACGCAUCCCCCUCGCACGUUGGCAUGAAAUGGGAAGGCAAUUGGUGA